UAAUAUGAUACGAGUAGUUUUGUGGUUCCACAGUCUUUUUCCUUCUAUGGUCCUACACCAUGAGAAGGAGUAUAUAAUAUCUAUGGAUUUUCUCCCUCGAGGAACUCCUGCUCUUUCUCUCUCCUCACAAUCUUGAAUUUCCACCCGAUUCUAUCAUUCUUAAUUUUAAUUCUGUCAGAUCUCUGCAAAUAAUACCUUCCGAUUAAAUUGCGGCGAUUCUCAGGACUUGUAUAUUUAUUUGGUUAUGAAUAGACCUGCUGGACUUAAUGGGUGGUAUAUUCAGCCUAAACAGUUCCAGUGACGGUAACAAUCAGAACUAUGAGGGUACAACCAGUGGCGCUUGCAAGCGGCAAAGGGUAACGGGCUGCUUUGAUCAUAACACGAGACUAAUACCGUUUCUCCCAAAUGAACUAUCUCUCCAGAUUCUUGCAAGAGUACCUAGAAUUUACUAUUUACAACUGAAGUUAGUUUCACGGACUUGGAAAGAAGCUUUAUCUACUUCAGAAAUAUAUGACCUAAGAAAAGAGUUCAAGACAACCGAAGAUUGGCUUUUCAUACUUUCUCGGGUUGAUGAAAACUUAUUAUGGUAUGCUUUGGACCCAAUUUCUCAAAGAUGGCAAAAGUUACCCCCAAUGCCUCAUGACCCAACCCAAGACGAAUCUCGUAGAGGCUUAGCGAUCCUUCAAAUGUGGAACUCUUUGGGAUCAAGAGUGAAAAUAGCUGAAGCUAUAAGAGGAUGGCUUGGUGGAGGUGAUCCAUUAGAUAAACUUCCUUUUUGUGGCUGUUCAGUUGCGGCCGUAAAUGGUUGUCUCUAUGUAGUUGGGGGACUUUCAAGGACCUCGGCUUUGAAGUGUGUUCGACGCUAUGAUCCAAUCCUAAAUACCUGGAAUGAAGUGACCCCCAUGUUAACUGGUAGAGCUUAUAGUAAAACAGGAGUCUUAAACAACAAACUCUAUGUUGUUGGAGGAGUUAGCAGGUACAGAGGUGGGUUAACUCCUUUACAGUGUGCUGAAGUUUUUGACCCUGAAACAGAUCAGUGGUCUGAAAUUCCCAGUAUGCCAUUUGCUAAGGCUCAGAUUAUGCCAACAGCUUUUUUAGCUGAUCUUCUUAAGCCAAUAGCAACAGGAUUGACAACAUACAAUGGUAAACUAUACGUGCCUCAAAGUUUAUAUUGCUGGCCUUUCUUUGUUGAUGCUGGUGGAGAGAUAUACGACCCGGAAUCAAAUUCGUGGACUGAAAUGCCUGUUGGAAUGGGUGAAGGUUGGCCUGCUAAACAAGCAGGAACCAAAUUGAGUGUUGUAGUUGAUGAUGAAUUAUACGCUCUGGAUUUGUCUGGUUCUUUGGAUAAUGCUAAGAUUAAAGUGUAUGAUCAAAGAGAUGAUUCUUGGAAAGUUAUUUCUGCAGAAGUUCCUAUGACUCAUGAUCAAACUGAUGCAGAAUCUCCAUACUUAUUGGCUGGUUUCCAUGGAAAGCUUCAUGUGAUUAUUAAAGAUGCAAAUUCUGAUAUUGCAGUUUUGCAAGCUUCAACUGAAAGUUCUGUUGCAUCUUCUUCAUCAGAAGCUAUUUGGAAAGUCAUUGCAUUAAGGAGAGCUGGGCCUGCUGAGUUGGUUAGCUGUCAAAUUCUCAGUAUUUGAUUCUGAAUAUUGUUGCAGUUAAUAUUAUUAGGUUUUCACAGCUAGCUUUUGAUGGAUGAGUUUGAUGCAUCUUCACUUAGUUCUACUUCUAGAUGUCUUUGCCCCAAGGGAAAGGCUGGAAGUAUACCAUAUGAAUAAUCGCGCUCUUUGAAAUUGUGCAUGGUUAAAGGAGUACACUUUUUCUUUUUUUUUA